CUUGUCUUUAAAUAUCUAAUUUUCAGAUAUUUGCAUUAUAACCACAUGAGGGAGAUUCCCUACGGAUUUUUUAAAGAGUUGAAGGAUAUAUCACGAGUGUAAGAUUUUUAUGUGAUUUAUUUGAUACAUUUACAACUUAUUAGCAGAGCUAUGAGUAGAAAGCGUCUGGGUGUUCAUAACACAGAGCUUCAGGCAAAUGAAUUCGUGGUUUCUAUACUUUACUAAAUAUCUAUGGUCGGCUUUCUUGCCCUAUUGACGACUUUUAUAACAACCUCCAUUUUGUUGGGUAAUACGCCUUACAAAGACUGCUAUUGCGCACUACAUUGCUUUACAGUAUCGCAUGAAAAAUUUUCGAACAUAAUCAAUGAAGAUUCAUAGUCACAAAAACCCCAUAGGAGGAAAAGAAUUCUGAUUGACUGAUCUCGCGUUACCUUUGUGCUCUUAGGGUAUAGGCUUUUGGUUUUAUAUUUCAUUCCAUCUGUAUGCACUGAAUAGCAUUAUAUUCUACGGUUGCAGGUUGUUCGACACUAACCUGAUGUGUUGUCAUAUGCACAAAGAGGACGCUGACUGUGCUUUCAUUGAGAAUGACGACUUCGCAAACUGUGAGAGCAUGUUCAAGAGCCCAACCCCGCGGAAGAGCAUAUGGGCAAUCGGCUCCCUUUCCCUAGCUGGGUCUGUGUUUGUCAUCACAUGGCUUUCAGUCUUUAAGGAUACAAACACGGUACAAUCAAUCAUGUUAUUGCACUUGGCAGUCUCCGAUGGUUUAAUGGAAGCAUACCUUAUCACACUGGGUUUCAAAGAUCUGUUGUGGAGAGGAGAGUAUUACUUACAUGACUUCGAGUGGCGGUCCAGUUUGGCUUGCCAGAUAACUGGUGCUACCUCUUUGCUAUCCAGUGAGGCCUCCUUGAUGCUGAUGGCUUUGAUAUCUGCAGACCGACUCAAGAACAUUGUGUUCCCGUUCAGAGGUGGAGCACUUUCGCGGAAGAUGACCCACAUCCUUUGCGCUAUCAUAUGGCUCGUCGGCUUCCUCCUGGCUUUCUUUCCGAUGUUUGGCUUGAGAUACUUCGAAGAUCUUACAACAUAUCACAACUAUUACGGAAAAAGUGUUGUCUGCCUUCCCUUACAGCUCUCUCGUCACAAAACGGAAGGCUGGGAGUACUCUGUUUCUGUAUUUGUUGGCCUCAAUUUCUUCCUCUUCAUAUUCAUAACAGUUGCCUACCUCGCCAUAUUCAUAAGCAGAGUGCGAGUUAAAAACCAAUCAGCCAACACAAGGAGGGAGACCGGUGUGGCCAAGAGAGUGUUCUUCAUCAUUUUCACUGACUGUCUCUGCUGGAUGCCAAUCAUCGUGUUUGGUAUGAGGUCGCUUUUGGAGAAGAAUUUCGAGCCACAGAGAGACUUAGCUGCUUGGAUUGCCGUGUUUGCCCUGCCCAUCAAUUCAGCGAUAAACCCGAUUCUGUACACGUUAGCAACACCAAAGGUAAAGAAUAACAUUUCUUCAUUAUCUCUUAAAUCUAAAUUAUUU